CCUCCGCAGGCGCUCGAGUGGGUACGCACGGGACAGUGGCUGCGCGCGCAGCAGGAGGCGUGCUGAUAUAGUCUCGGAUGAGCCUCGCCCCCGCAUGCUACUUUCUCGGACUGGAUUCAGUGUUGGGCAGCCCAGCUAAAGACGCCUAGGCUCUUCGUCUGUUUGGGCUUGAGGUACCCCACUCUUUACCUCCCACACACCUUGGGGUGCUGAGGCUGCGUGCUUUGAUUACAGACAGGCAGUUUCCACGGCUGAGCCCCGCCUUCGCAGUCCGGGGCUUCGGUGUUCUGCAACGCGGUCCAUCCGAGGCCCGCGCCCUUCCAUCUGGGCACGAGGACCCCUCCCCCCUCCUCCUCUGGGCCUCAGCCUUCGGCUCCGGCGGCGGUUCUGGCCGGGGCGGCCAGCUCUUCCCUCCCAGGGGCUUUGGCCUGAGGCAGUCUUUGGCCGCAUCGCCUCCGUUGGAUGGUGGGUUCCGGGUAGCUCGGAGCUGUGAGUAGCCCGGCCGCGGAGAGCGAGUCUGGUACCCCCUGUAAACCUCCAUUACCAUGUUAGGCCCCUUGCAGGGUCAAGUGUGCGUGGUCACUGGAGCCUCCAGGGGCAUCGGCCGGGGCAUUGCCUUGCAGCUCUGCGAGGCAGGAGCCACUGUCUACAUCACCGGCCGAAAUCAGGACACCCUGCAGGCUGCUGCUCAGGAGGCACAAUCCCGAGGGGGUCGAUGCCUACCUGUGGUUUGUGACUCAAGUCAGGAAGAUGAAGUUCGGAGCCUGUUUGAAAGGGUGGAUAGAGAACAAAAUGGAAGAUUGGAUGUAUUGGUCAACAAUGCUUAUGCUGGGGUCAAGGCCCUCAUUUCCCAUAUGAAGAAACCAUUCUGGGAGUGCCCAGCCUCUAUAUGGGAUGACAUCAAUAAUGUGGGACUCCGAGGCCACUAUUUGUGCUCAGUCUAUGGAGCCCGCCUAAUGGUGCCUGCAGGACGAGGGCUCAUCGUGGUCAUCUCCUCGCUCGGUGGGCUGCAGUAUAUCUUCAAUGUAGCCUACGGUGUGGGCAAAGCAGCGUGUGAUAGGUUGGCCACGGAUUGUGCCCAGGAACUAAGACGCCACGGUAUUGCCUAUGUGUCUCUCUGGCCUGGUAUGGUGAAGACAGAGCUAGUGAUGGAACAUCUGAACAAAGAAGAGGACCCGGACCCCAUAGCCCGUAAGCUGAAAGAACGUCUUCCAAGUGGGGAAACCCCAGAACUGAGUGGCAAAUGUGUGGUGGCCCUGGCAACAGAUCCUAACAUCCUGCAAUUGAGUGGUCGGGUUCUUCCAUCCUGUGAUCUAGCUAAAAAAUAUGGAUUUAAAGAUGUGGAUGGCCGUCCUGUCUUUGACUAUCUAUCCCUGCAAUCAGUGCUUUCUGAGGUUCCCAGACUGGCCUGGCUGGCCUCCUAUGUGCCCAGCUUCCUUCGUAUACCCAAGUGGAUUAUGGUCCUCUAUUCCAGUAAAUUCUGAUCUUACCAGCCAACCAAAAUGAAGGGGCAAGACUUCCUGUCUUCUCAAACUUAGCACAGUUGCUUUCUACUCUGCUACAUUCAUCAGCCAUGGGUCAGGGAGUGAUUUGAUGUUUGGAUAAGAAAAAUUACUGUUUCCUCACAUAUUUGGAUGGUUGAGCAACCCCUGACUUCAAAUGAAGACUUCAGCUGGGUUCUUCACUAUAUCACUUGUUUCCUCCCACAUGUAGCCAGAAGGAUUCCUGGUGACAAGCACUUGGGAUAUGACACAAAUUCUAGUCUCAUCUGGAACGUUGACUAACUCUUGUUAUACUACUAGUGCUUUUGCUUUUAUUUCUUUUCCUUGUUGUAUAUCUUGUUUUAUCUUUUAAUGGAAAAGGCCUCUAGGGUAAUAAAUAACUUGAUUCAAUUAUUACUUUAAUAAAUAUUUUUAGAUCCAGCUGGUCUGUACUCUCAAGAAACUUAUAAUCUAAUACUACUAGUGCUUUUGCUUUUAUUUCUUUUCCUUGUUGUAUAUCUUGUUUUAUCUUUUAAUGGAAAAGGCCUCUAGGGUAAUAAAUAACUUGAUUCAAGAAACUUAUAAUCUAAUUUAGAAGAUACAGAUGUACAGAGAGGCAGCAUGGUAUAAUGGAUAGAGAGUCUUGGAGUUAAGAAAGAUGUGGAUUCAAGUGCUACCUAUAGCACAUGUUCUAAGGCUCAUUCCCCCAACUUCCCCUGCACUGGCAAAUUGAUUACCCAGAGAAUCUUUAGUGCUUUUUUUCCCCUCAGGGUCCUCAGAGAAGGGGAUUGGGACUUCUUGUGCUUCCCCCAGUGAUUAUCAGUUGAUAUAAAUUAAUCAAUUGUCCUAAACAUGUAGGAAAGGGUAUUUACUGAAAUGGUAUGACAAAUUCUCUAGAUAAAAAGUAUCCUUCCAAGAUUCACAUUCUGUAACUUCUGUAAUAUCCAGUUAAUGGGGAAUUGGGAUGGACAUGUUUCAGAAUAGGAAAUAAAAUGCUACCUUUGCAGAGUCAAAA